UACAGACCUCCCAGCUUCGCGUUUACCCAACUCCUUCGACAGAAACUGGAACAGCUUUUAUCAGACGUCUAUAAAACAUGGAGGGUGUGUGGUGAAAUAAGAGGAUUACACACACCGGAUACUUUUCCUACCACGCUUUUCUUCUGGACACUGGGACACUCCUUCAUUUUUGUGCGCUGGAUGUGUACCGAGUUCAGCAGGGAUCCCAGCAGACAUUCCCGGUGGUUUGUGUAUAGGAAAUGGCAACUGCUCUCAGUGGUCGAAACCCUGGCGGACGUGGACCGAACCGAAGUAAGGGUCGGAUUUUAGGCAUCAUUGAUGCCAUCCAGGAUGCAGUGGGGCCACCAAAACAAGCGGCUGCUGACCGGCGGACUGUGGAGAAAACCUGGAAACUCAUGGAUAAAGUUGUCCGCCUCUGCCAAAAUCCCAGACUUCAGCUGAAAAACAGUCCACCGUACAUCCUUGAUAUCUUACCUGAUGCCUACCAGCACCUGCGGCUUGUACUGGGCAAAUAUGAAGAGAACCAGAGACUCACACAGCUCAGUGAGAAUGAGUACUUUAAAAUAUACAUCGAUAGCCUUAUGAAGAAAUCCAAACGGGCCAUCCGGCUUUUCAAAGAGGGAAAGGAGAGGAUGUAUGAGGAGCAGUCACAGGACAGGUCAGGAAAAUCUCUUUUUACUUUUUUACUUUAUGGAGGAUUUUGAGAUGACAGUCGGAGGAACUGUGCUCAUGGCAUACUGAGGGAAACUGUCUUGACCUUUUAAUGGUAAACACCUCUCACAGAGAUGAUAAUCCUGUAGUGCCGCUAUAUUGCUUAUGGAAAAUGUGUUUUAUAAAAACUAAAUAAAGCUACAUUUCAUCUAUAGUGUGAACCAACCGCCCACAUCAUCCGUUAAAUCCACAGUUUACUCAUACCUGUCACAGUAAAUUUCAGAACUGAAACUAUGGAGAUAUCAAAAAGU